AUGUCAGCCAAGAGGGCAGAACUGAAGAAAACAAACCUGAGCAAGAAGUACAAGGCAGUUUGCCUGGAAUUGAAGCCAGAGCUCCUCAAGACAUAUGACUACAAAGGAGCUAAACAAGAAGGGCCAUUUAGCAAACCAGGAGGGACAAAGGAGCUAAAGAAUGAACUCAGGGAGGUGAGGGAAGAGCUCAAGGAAAAAAUGGAGGAGAUAAAACAGAUAAAAGAUGUAAUGGACAAGGAUUUUGAAAAACUCCAGGAAUUUGUGGAGAUUAUGAAGGAAAUGCAAAAGGCUAUGGAUGAGAAGAUAGAUGUUUUAAUAAAUAUACAGAAGAACAGCAAGCUUCCUCGCAGGAGAGGACCAAAGGAUCAGCAAGACGAACUCAGGCUGAUAGGAAAGACAGACGCAGACCCACAGGUCCUGCUGAAGAAAAUGGAUGGAGCUGACGGAGAACCACUUGCCCUUCACAAAAAGAUGAUGGCACUGCAACAACCAAAAAAGGAUCCAAUGGAUUCCCUUCACCAAUGUGAUACCUGCUGUGAGAAAUGUUUGUUGUGUGCCCCAAAGAACAACUACAAUCAGGGGCAACUUCCAUACCAGGCCUGA